CUUCAAGCUGGAAAUCCUAAUGCCACUUUUAAUGAAGAUUUGGCUGAAGGAACUAGCCAGUGAAUCGCUGAGGCCUGCAAAGAGCUGGCAACCACCUACGAGAAUGCAGUUGUAGAAAGACUUGAAAAUAUAUUGAAAAGAUUUUUGCAAUAUCAAAUUCAAAUUAUGUUUGUUUCCAUGGUUCCAAAGGACGUCGAUGAUAUUGUUAUAAAAUAUGGCUAUCAGUAUGUAUGCCAAGGUGAAGCGGUGUGGCCUGAACAGAAAUCACUUGAAGACCCUAUGAUCAAACGAAGAAUCGAUGAACAAUGCCUGCCACUUAAAAACAAACUCGAUGCUAGAGUUAAUGUGAAAUCAUUAGCUGAUAACCCUGGCUUUUUUAUUCCUCUGUUGUUUCAUAUACUGACUGUCUUUGAAAGGGAACAUCAAUCCCAUAAAGCGUUUGACGUUAGAAGACUUCCUUUAUCAAGGCUGUUCAAUGCAUUCCCUUCACCAUCAUGCCAUUGGCGACCAGUGACAAUUUCGGUCGAUGCAUUAGCAGCAUUUCUUCCUGGUGAACCACUCCCCAGAGGGUAUAAUGAUCAGCUGCAUUUAUUUUACAAGGUAUUUGAUUUUAAACCGCUUAGAAUCAAAUCGAUUGAAUCUUUAUUACCCACUGGAACAAAUAAGAGGCUCUUUGGUAACCUGAUAAGAUCAGACGGUUUUUCUGUUGAUUUUGUUUUUGACAAACGAACAAUCACAGAAAAACGUUUAACCAAGCAAAUCAAUCAAGUUGAUCUGAUUCUGGAUGAUUUUGAGCAGCAUGAAGUUGACAGCCACUAUUUACCAAUAGCCGUAGAUCCAGGAAGAAAAAGGUUUUUAACUGUCUUUGCUGGUUCAAGUGGUAAUAUUAACGACUUCAGACAAUGUUCCAUCAAGGAAUAUUACUACUUGACAGGCUCUACAAAAUUCUCAGCAGAGCAAGAAAAGAAAAAGAAAGCAUGCGGUAUUAAGACGAUUGAAACAAAUAUACCCACCAAUAAGACUGCCAAUGAAUCACUGUAUAUGGAGUAUGCCAUUUAUAUGCUCGAAAACAUUGGUCUUAUUUUCAGUUUUUACAAUCAAGAAACUGCAAAAGAGACCUUUUUGUUAUACCAGGGUCGUCAACGAGCACCGGAGCGAAUAGUGAAAAUGUUUUAGAUGGUACCAAGAAAUACAACAAGAAGUCAAGAGGAAACAAACGAAAAAGAGCAAAGAACAAAGGGAAGCGGAAGAAGAAGGGGAAUAAGUCCGGAAAGAAGGAUAAAGGAGAUAGAGAAAUGGCACCGAAAACAACAGAAACAAGGUAAAAAGUUACUUGGGCAUGGCUACGAUAAUUUUUAUACUCAUAAGUUUAUGGUACUUAGAGAAAGCAAUUUCUUUCAGUACAAACAGAAGGUACCACUGAUAGUAUUUGAUAGUGGCAUGUUUGGGAAGGACCAUGUGACGAUGAAAAUAGUCCAGACUGGUGUCACUGGUCUUCUAUACAGAACGUUGAAAAGAAGAGAGAGGACUGGUGACUUACUCGUUGUGGACAUUGAUGAAUAUUUGACAUCCCAAAUAUGUUCCAAAUGUGAAAGUAGGACUUUGGGUGGU